CCCCUGUUCCAGCUGGCUUUGGCUGACUUCUUAGCAGCUGCAGCACUGCUUGCUACAAGUAUAAUUGAAAUACUUCCAUCUAAACUCCUUGCAUUAUGCAGGUUUUGCCCAUAUGGAACAGCACUGGCAAUGUCCUUUUACUGUACCAUAUUCCUGCUAGUAAUGGUUUAUGCAUAUGAAGCCAAACAAGCAGUUCAAGGGUGGAGGGAAGCAUCCGACCCAGACUCACAGCACGAAAAUCAUUGCAGAAGGAAAAAGAAGACUCUUUAUUUAUUAUAUUUUCUUGCGUGGUCUCUUCCAGCGCUGGGCUUUCUCGUUAAAGUGAUCACCAUUCUGAAUUCUGCAACCGAAAUCAUCCCAGGCAACCUGAAUAUUACUAAAUGUUUCUAUUGCUCCAGUUGUAUUUUGGUGCUUAUUCACAAUGAUGUCUGUGGGCCACAAGACACAUUGAAAAAAGACCUAAUGAAGAUCCUGUUCUUCUUGUAUGUACUGGUGGUGUUGACCUCCUGCACAGUAAGUCAUUUAUUUGAAUGUAUUUUGCAUUACACAUUGUGUUCCCUCCUCCAGGUUGUGUACUGUAAAGUGAAGCAGUGGUGCCAGAGACAGCAGGGGUAUUUACAUUUAGAAGGAGAUGGGUUUAGCAGUAGAAAUAUCCAGAGCAUUUACGUGACUCUUCGAUCCAUCUUGCUUGUAUUUUUAAUCUGCUGGACACCAGCUUUUAUACUGGUCUUACUGGGCUUGUUAUUACAUGAUGUUAACCCACAAAGCCUGCACUUCCUUUAUAUUUUACAGGUUUUACAGGCAUCCACUAUGCCUCUUCAGGGAUUUCUGGACAGUAUAGCCUAUGGAUGGUUCCGACGUAAUUUCCGUGAAGUUGCGCUGGGAGACAGAGUAGCUCUGCUGGCAUAUAUGCAUUCUAGAGCUUUCUAUGAUGAAUCACUUACUACUUAAAUACGCUGAAACAAGUAAAAUGCAACCCAAAACAACCCCAGCAGCCGCUUGUGAUAAUCCUGUUUUGCCACCAUUCCCUUCCUCAGAAAAGUUUAAAGGUGAAACAGUGUACAGCGCACG